AUGAAGCACCUCGCAGCUUACCUUCUCCUCACCCUCGGCGGCAACGCCUCUCCCUCUGCCGCCGACAUCAAGGCCGUUCUCGAGUCCGUCGGUAUUGAGGCUGACGACUCCCGCCUCGAGACCCUGAUCUCCGAGCUCAAGGGCAAGGACAUCCAGGAGCUCAUUGCUGAGGGCUCUGAGAAGCUCGCUUCCGUUCCCUCCGGCGGUGCUGGUGGUGCCGGUGCCGGUGGUGCUGCCGCCGGUGGUGCCGCCGCCGAGGAGGCCAAGGAGGAGGAGAAGGAGGAGGAGGCUGAGGAGUCCGACGAGGACAUGGGCUUCGGUCUCUUCGACUAA